AUGGUUGGUCUGAAUUCUACGAAUAGCGGCGGUUUGCGCGAUGAUGACCAAUCAUCGUGGAGUUUCAGCUCGGCUCGACGACGAGAGGGAAAGUUUGACCUCGGCUUUGCGACCCAACUUUCGCUAACCACCGUCUCAUUCGGCGAUCAUCUACGGUCUACGGUCACGCGGUUGCUCGCCGAUUGCGCAAGCCACAUUCGCUUAUUUACCGACGUUAACAACCUCGGUCUGACUUCAUGA